AUGAGCGAGGAAAAUCCACACUCUCACUUGUCUUGGUUUCUGAAAUAUUGUGGGAAUUUCAAGUAUCAAGGAAUUAAUGAAGAAGCACUCAAGAUGCGCCUUUUCCCUCACACUUUGAAGGAUAGGGCUCGAGAGUGGUUAGACUCAUUACCACUGGGUAGUAUUACUACAUGGACAGAUUUGGUACAGAAGUUCACACUCAAAUACUUUCCACCGGCCAAGAUUAACAAACUUAAGCAUGAGAUUUCAACUUUUCAGCAAGCUGAGUUUGAAAACUUUCAUGAGGCAUGGGAGAGGUUCAAGGAGCUUUUGAGAAAGUGUCCGAGUCAUAGCUUCCCACUACCAGCUCAAAAUCAAUUUUUCUAUGUUGGACUCACUCCUCAAAGUCGCUCUGCAGUUGAUUCCACAACAGAAGGAUCUAUCCGAAAUAAAUCAGCCGGGGAGCUUCACGACCUUUUUGAGACAAUGAGUGAGCAGUUAGUCAUGUGGCCAGAUAGAAGCUCACAUAAAAGAGUAACUGGAGUGCAUGAAGUGGAUGUUAACACAUUAAUGUUGGCCAAGAUUGAUGCAUUAUCAAAACAGAUGGAAGCAUUCAAAUACUCCUCAUCCGUUAAUAUGGUGCAAGGAUCUCAUCCUAUUUGUGGAACUUGUGGGGCAAAUCAUCUGUCGUCCGAAUGUCCACUAGUCAUCACGGAUCCUUCUUUCACAGAGCAGGCCGCAUAUGCACAGAACUUUCAACGUCAGCAAAAUUUUCAGUGGCAACAAAAUCAUCCAUUUUCUCAGACCAACAAUCAGAAUAUUCAAAAUCCACCAAGACAAGGGCAACCACAAGGGGAAAAAGGAGGAUGGGAAGAAGCGGUUUCAAAGCUUCAAGAACGAAGUGACCGGACCGAUGCAACUAUUAAGAAUAUUGAAAAUCAAAUUGGGCAGUUAGCAAAAAUCCUAACAGAGAGACAACCAGGCACUUGGCCUAGCAACACCGAGGUGAAUCCGAAAGAGCAAGUAAAUGCAAUCACAACAAGGAGUGGGGUGCAACUACCAGAAAUUCAUGUUAAAAGACCAGGUGUGGCAAAACAAAAUGGUAUUAUUCAGGAGAUAACAGAUCAACUUGAAGAGUCUGACGUAGCAGCUGAACAAGAGAAGGUAAUUCCAUCACCAGUCAAGCCAUAUGUUCCUCCAAUUCCAUUCCCUCAGAGGUUGAGCAAGCACAAGAUGGAUAAACAAUUUGAGAAGUUUUUGGAGGUAUUUAAGAAACUUCAUAUUAAUAUACCGUUUGCGGAUGCCUUAGCCCAAAUGCCCAGCUAUAUGAAAUUCAUGAAGGAAAUCUUAUCAAAUAAGAGGAAACUAGAGGAGCAUGAAACAGUCAACCUAACGGAGGAGUGCUUAGCCAUCUUGCAGAAGAAGCUUCCACCAAAACUCAAGGAUCCAGGGAGUUUUUCUAUUCCUUGCACUAUUGGAAGAGCUUUGAUUGAUGUCCAACAAGGAACACUUAGCCUUAGGAUUUAUGAUGAGACGGUUACGUUUAAUGUAUUUAAGGCUAUGAAACAUUCUAAUGGCAAUGAAAAAAAAGUCUUAAUGAGAGAUGGCAUUGUGGAUUUAGUAGAAAGACCUGAUGAGCCUAAAGAAAAUUGUAUUGCUAACUCUUUUGAUGAGCAGGAACAAAGUUUGGAUGCCAAGAACAAGGUCGUGGUCGUGGGUACAUUAUCAGAAGUGAUAAUGCAGUCGAAGAGUCGUCCUACACCAGCUAUUUGCAAGGGCAAAGCCAUUGUCGAAAUUUCCAAUACCUCAAAACGAGCAUGUGUUGAUCUAUCUACCAUCACAACCUUGACACUAUGGACCGGCCUGAAUGACUUGAGUGAUUAUGCCCGUAGAGGUAUCUUAAAACCUGGUGCCUCAUGGUCAUCUGGCUUGGGAGUCAUCGGCUGA